AUGGAUUCAAGAUUGACUUCAGCGGCUCAAAUAGGAAGCAUAGACGAUUUGUAUGCUCUAAUCCAUGAGGAUCCUUACAUUCUUGAAACCAUUGAUGUCGUACCAUUCAUAAACACUCCUCUUCAUGUAGCUUCUACUUUUGGAAAUCUUGCUUUUGCCAUGGAGAUGAUGAAUCUUAAGCCAUCAUUUGCUAGAAAACUUAACACUUAUGGGUCAAGUCCACUGCAUCUUGCUAUAGAGGAAGAUCAAAGACGGUUAACUCUGGGGUUACUCAAGCUUGAUCCCGAUCUAGUUCGUCUUCGAGGAAAAGAAGGUACUACGCCGCUUCAUAUGCUUGUAAGAAGAGGAGAACUUGAUCUUAUGACGGAGUUCCUGUUGGCUUGUCCUCGUUGUGUUAAAGAUGUGAACGUGGACGGUGAGACGUCUCUACACAUUGCUGUUAAGCAUGAUAGAUAUGAAGAACUCGAAGUACUUGUGGGGUGGGUGCAGAGAUUGCGUCAAAUAAAUGCCGAAUCGCUAGAGAUGCAAGUUUUUAACAGACGUGAUCACAAUGGUAACACAGCCUUGCACAUAGCAUCAUAUCAAAAUAAAAUCAAGGCAAUUAAGAUUUUGCUAAGUUCUAGAGCGGUUAACGGAAACAUCUAUAACCGGAAUGGUUUAACCGCUCUAGAUAUCUUGCAAAAUCAGAGACAUAACCAUAGGAAUCGAGAAAUCGAGGAAACUAUUAGAAAAUCAGGAGGUAACAACGCAAACUCUCUUCCAGAGUCAACGAAAUUAUCAGAAAUAUUGAGAACACCUAUACGUUUCAAGGAGCAUUUGUUCACAAAAGCAGCUCGGUAUAGGAAUCAGAUAUCAGAUGGAUCACGUAGUGCACUUCUAGUGAUAGUUGCACUGAUAAUCACAACUACUUAUCAGACAGCUCUUCAACCACCUGGAGGUGUUUACCAAAGCAAUGCUGAUGAAAGAAGUAGUAGUGGUCUGAAGGGUGUUGGUAAAGUUGUGAUGAACCAGAGUUAUUGUUAA